UAACUGGCACCCAGGCUACCAGCAGAGAAGAGGAGGGUAGCAUGGCUCCAGGGGAAAAGGAAAGGGUGGAGGGGCCAGCCAAGAAUGCCCUCCGGAAGGUACGCAGAGCCACCCUGGUUAUCAACUUGGCCCGAGGUUGGCAGCAGUGGGCCAAUGAGAACACCACCAGGCAGGCCCAGGAGCCCACAGGCUGGAUGCCAGGAGGGACCCAGAACCCACCCCAAGCUUCUGGACCAGUGAUACACCCCACCACCCACCGGAAAGCUCAGAGUGCCCCAAAGUCUUCCUCCCCAAAGCCAGAGGGACAUGGAGAUGGACAGAGCUCCGAGGAAGCCGCUGAGGUAUCUCACAUCAAAAGAAAAGAGGUGACCAAAACAGUUGUCAGCAAAGCUUAUGAGAGAGGAGGGGAUAUGGGCCACCUCAGCCACCGAUACGAGAAGGAUGGUGACAUGCCUGAAGGUGGGCAGCCAGAGAGUGACAUUGACAGAAUCCUCCGCAGCCACAGCUCCCCAACGCGGAGGAGAAAAUGUGCCAAUCUGGUAUCUGAGCUCACCAAAGGCUGGAAAGAGAUGGAGCAGGAGGAGCGGGAGGAGCCCAAGUGCAGGAGCGACAGCGUAGACACAGAGGACAGUGGCUACGGAGGGGAGACGGAGGAGAGGCUGGAGCAGGACGCAGAGCAGGUGGCCGUGGCCAGAAUCAAACGCCCCUUGCCCUCCCAGGCAAAUAGAUUCACAGAGAAACUCAACUGCAAAGCCCAAAAGAAAUACAGCCAAGUGGGCAACCUGAAAGGGAGAUGGCAACAGUGGGCUGAUGAACACAUACAAUCCCAGAAGCUCAAUCCUUUCAGUGAAGAGUUUGAUUAUGAGUUGGCCAUGUCCACCCGCCUGCACAAAGGAGAUGAAGGCUACGGCCGUCCCAAGGAAGGAAGCAAAACUGCGGAAAGGGCCAAGAGAGCCGAGGAGCACAUCUACAGAGAAAUCAUGGACAUGUGCUUCAUCAUCCGCACGAUGGCUCACCAGAGACGGGACGGCAAGAUCCAAGUUACAUUUGGAGAUCUCUUUGACAGAUACGUUUGUAUUUCAGAUAAAGUCGUGGGCAUUCUCAUGCGUGCCAGGAAACAUGGACUGGUUGACUUCGAAGGAGAGAUGUUAUGGCAAGGCCGGGAUGACCAUGUUGUGAUUACUCUGCUCAAGUGAACCUUCAACCACACUGGAGCCAAACUUGACCCACUAUUGUCUUAAUGCUCAAUGCUAAUGUAAUGAAAAGUAAAAUGCAAACUGCUCUGUAAUAAGUUAGUAAUAUUAAACAAUUUUUA